AUGUUUUUCUUUAUUUAUUGACUUCUACAUCUAGCACUGAGCAGUCACAUUGAUUUGACAAGAAUUCCAAGUUCUAACCCUCCACCCAAAGCCAGACUUUAUCAAGCAAUGGACUAUGAUUCAAGCACAAAUUCAUUAUUAGUCUUUGGUGGCUCCUCAACUGCUGCAAAUAAAUAUAAUGAUGUCUGGCAGUUUAACCUUGAUACCAGCCUCUGGUCUCACCUAGAAGAAACUUCUUCGUCUGCUCCAGGUAUUUUUUAAGAAGAUGAAAGAAUAUAUUCAGCUAGUUUCACAGAUGAGAAUUCGGGGAUUUUCUAUGUGUUUGGAGGAUCAUCUGACUAUGGUCCUCAGAAUGAUUUAUGAGGGUUCACUAUUUCCACAAUGAAGGUAGAUUUUAUAUAGUGAAAAGAAAUUACGACAACUGGUGAUAUCCCAACUCCACGAGGUGCUAUGGGAUGUACCAAAUAUACCGACAGCUAUGGAAAUUUAAAUUUCGUUAUUUUUGGAGGCAAAGGACUUACUCCCUCCCUCCGCGACCGAACAAAAAAACCUUGUUCGUUCACAGAGGCGGAUUAAUUAUUUUUUUUUAAAAAUCUAUAUAUAAAUUUUAUUGGAAAUUUUUUUUUUCGAAAUUUAAAAACUGCCACUUCACAAAAAUUGGAAAGCAAAUAUUAAUUUAAUUUGUAAAAUUUAUGUUUUAAAACGCAAUUUAUUUAAAAUUAAACAGGAUUAGCUAGUUUUUUAUUAUUCUAAUUAUCACUUAUAUAUCAAAAUUUUUUUCCAUAAAAAAUUUUUGUUCGCUCAAGGAGGAUGGGUUUUUGGGAAAAAAAUAGGAAUUUUUUUUAAUGGUUUUGUUCGCUCACAGUGGGGGAGUUAAUGGAUUAUUGGCGAGCAUGGCUUCUUUGAAUGUCACUACAAUGGCGUGAACCAAACUCCCUAAGAAUGGCGACUACCCAUUUGCGAUGUAUUCUCCUCAGAUCAAAUACUACGAUGGCUAUAUAUACCUAGCAGGUGGUGAUGAUUAUAUUAAUGGAAUUUAUAAUACAAAUUUCUAUCGUUAUGAUCUUGCAAGCAAAAAAUGAGAAAAUAUCACAGAUGAAAGUGCAACUUAUACAACAAGAGCAUUAGGAGGGAGUUUCAUAUAUAAUAAUUCAUUUUAUCUAACGUUUGGAUGGAGUGAUGUAGCACAGGUCGAUGUAAGCGAAGUUUAUAAGGUAGAUUUAACUGACCCAAAUUUUGCAUGAAGUGUUGCAGAAAUAGUGGGAACGAGUGAUGAUCCAGCUAACAUUCCACGUGAUUCCUAUGGUUUUGCAGUAAAUGGUAAUACUUUUUAUAUCUGCGGAGGCUAUUACUCAGGCGGAAAUUUAAAUGAUGUUGUAAAAUUUGACCUUACCAAAACCCCAAUCAUUUAUACAAGUUUAGCUUAUAUCAAUCUAAGCCCUUCAGCAAGAGCAUACCAUACUAUGGAAACUAUUGAAGGCUAUAUCUAUAUUUUUGGUGGAGCUUAUAAGGAUACAAAACUCAAUGAUUUAUGAAAAUUUGACCCAGAAACAGAAACAUGGGAAUCUCUGUCGCCUAAUGGAGUGAUUCCGUCAGCGAGAUCUCAUCACGCAUCAGGUUCUCAAGGAAAUGUAAUGUUUAUAUUUGGAGGUAUAGAUAGCAGUGGGCAAUAUUUAGAUGAUUUAUAUCAGUUUGACGUUUCUUCUAGUACUUGGAAAUUAAUCUCCCCUUCAUCUGAUACAUUACCUUCAGCACGGUAUGCAGCAUGCGCAGUUUAUUCUAUCCCUGUUCUCUAUAUAUAUGGCGGACAGACGUCUACAUAUAUAUCUAAUGAACUUUGGACUUAUGAUAGUGGCUCAAAUACAUUUACAUUGAUUUCAUCAGAUGCUCCAUAUAAGCUGUUUUUCCCUCGUUGCGCUAUGGAUACGUCUGCAACUACUUUAUAUAUUAUGGGUGGCAAAGGGGAUGGAGACAUGCCUGCUAGUAAUAUUUUUUCUUAUUCUGUUAAUACAGCAGAAUGGAAAACAUUGAAAAUCCCUGCAGAUUGGUUUAGAAAUAUGGGGGAAGGGAUUGUGGUUUAUGUCAGAGAUUAUAUUAUAUUUAUUGCAGGAGAGCAGUGGGGAACUGAUAUAAAGGAUUAUGCCUAUGCUAUUGAUAUGACGAAUAACUAUACGUAUAUUGAUUAUCCGUCAACCCCUGUGCAUAUUUUUGCUGCUGCCUUUACGUAUUAUAAAACAGAUAUAUAUAUCCAUGGAGGUGGACUUGCAACUGGGAUUUUUAUGAGAAAUUCAGUACCUGUUGAUACUUUUUAUAAGGUAAAAUUGACCCAGUUUUGUGAUAGCUCUUCAUGUCCUGCAAUUUGUAGCCCAGGCACCAAAAAAGUUAGUAGCGGCUGCUCAGCAUGCCCUGUAGGAACUUAUAACAGUGAGUUUGGCCAGAGCAGCUGCGAUGAAUGCCCAGAAGGGACUUACAACCCAAGCUCCAGCUGCAACAAUAGAAGAGAAUGCUUUCCAUGCAGAGAAGGCGAAUAUAACGAUCUUACGGGCCAAUCCUUAUGCAAAAAAUGUCCAUUUUAUUACUAUUGCCCUACAGGAAGUUCUUCCCCUUCAGAAAGUUCAACUGAAAUCUCAUCAUCAUCCUCUCAGCCUAAGACCUAUUCAACUGGUACAAAUGAGGUAAGCACACUGACCGAUAAUUAUUUAAUAGCUUGCUUGGCUCUUUUUGGAAUAAUGACCAUUUUUGUACUGUCUUCUAGGCCUACUAGGAAUUGGUUAAAGAGAAUUGAUAUGUUCGAAGAGAACCAUAAUGUUGGUGAUGAUAUUGUUUUAAGAAAAUUCAAAAAUAGGUUUGGUGGGUAUGCUAUAAGACAAAAAUAAAAAAAUUAUCAGAUAAUAUUGUAAUAUUGCGAUGGCUAAAUUUAUUUAAUUAGAUAUAAUAUAUUUUACAAUAGGAUAUCUAAUUGGAGCUUCCUGGUUUAUUAUGGCAAACAUCUCAAGCUUUGUGCUAGAUAAUGUUACUGAGUCUAAAGCUCUGCUGCCAUUGGUAGCUGUAGAAGACCAAGCUACAAAUUUUUAUGGAGAUAUUGUGUUGAUUGCCUCAUUUAUCAGAUAUGGAGGAAAGUGCGUGGCUGAUGGAGCUUGUCUUUCCACUAUAAAAGUGACAACCUUAAAUUUAAUUACUUCUAGAGAAGUCCUUUGCAGGUUUGCAGGCCACUCCUCGCCUCCGCAUAACGCUCCAUCGAUAACUUGCUAGUCCGAACAUGUUUUCUACUGUGUUUCUACUCACGGGCAAGGGCUUGCACUCGCAAUCCGAGAGUUAUUGACGUUCCAGAAAAUACGAAAACGAAUUUUCGGUCGGGCUAUCGGCGUUUAAAAACUCGAAGCCGAUGACGUAACGCUUGGCGCUGGGGAAUUUUCAGGUUGGCCACUUCCUCUUAUCCUGACGGGGCGUUCCCUUUCCAACUCCGACAAAGAGGUAAAAUCUUGGCUUGAAUGUGAGCAUUCAGUCGGCUAAUCCGGCAUUGAGAUUCACCAAACCAAGUAAAAUGGACUGAUGCGCAUUUCCUAGCACAGUCUUCUCUUCCACAGGUCCCCGGCUUUCCCAAUGAAUAUACCCUAUUAAGGUGUAAGUGGGCAGGUUGACUAGCCUCGCCAUUUUAAUGUAUAUAAAAGCGGCAACCACAAAUAUAGAGUCUAAUGGAUAUACAGUAAAAUGUGUUAUGGAUGAUAAUAAUGACUGCGUCAUCACUUUUAAUUGUUUGGAUUGUGAAAUUCUAACUGGAGCUCAAGUAAACUUUGCGCUAAGCGAGUCUUUGAGCUUUUCUUCUGCGAUAAUUGUGAAUGUGACUUCGACUUCGUCAAUACCUGGCGGUAUUAGUAGUGAAGAAAUUGGGCUAUCAUCAAGUACAAAUAAGGUCCUUCGAGGGUAUCCUAUUCAUAAAGAGGAAUGAUUAUUAAAAUUAUAAAACUGUCUCAUAUUCUACAUAAAAAGAAAUAUUGUUUGAAUAAAAAAGCUAAAAAAUAUUUUAAAUAAGCACACGACCCAACAGUGUUUUAUUUCUCUAUGGUGCCGUCAUUAUUUCAAUCGUCUGUUUCAGAUUGAAAAAACAAUUUAACAGGAUAUCAUGUUGAAAUUACGCAAAAUCCUACCCGUGGGUCUGAAUACUAUGCUUAUGAGCUGCCGUUCAGCUCAAACCAAAAUUUGCAGGUACAAUUAAUUAAAAGCACAAAUUGCUUGAAUACCAUUAGAAGUGCUAAUCAGACAUGGUUGAUUUUACUUACUCUUUCCACCCUUUAACCAAUAGCCAAUCAUCGCUUUGGUCAAGAAUAGGUUAAAUUUUUUCCCAUAUAAAAUAUUUUAUGAACUCACAAUAAGAUAUAGAGUUUGCAUAUAUAUUAGCAAGCAAUCUAUAAUUUGCAUUAGAAUUGUGUAGAAACGAUUAUACUGGGUAUCUCCAAUAUUAUUAUAAAAUAUUGAUAGUUAGAUUUAAGGCGGGGUCGAUAGUGGGCUCAUGCUUGAUCAUAUAAGAAUUCUUAGAUUAGGAUGGAUUAAUUUUUCAAAUUCUAAACACAGUCGCUGAUAAAGGAUCGGAGAAGUUAGUGCAUUACUUGGAGCUGUUUUUGGAUGGAAAGGUACAGUAGAAGGAAUCAUGAGUUCUGCUGAAGAAAAACUGUCAGAUGUUAACGAAAAAAUCAGCCAAAAAAUUGAGUUCUCUUCAAGAAUAAGAAAAAUCAAGCACCUUCUCCAUGUUUUUGAUUCAAGAAAAACUAAAAAAUUCGAGCCGAUUUAUAACAGUUUGGAGUUUGAUGAGCUUGCUCUUGGAAGUAAAACUCUUGAUAAAGUAAAUCAUUAAUUGUGAAUUACUAUAAAAGUAACUUUGUUUUAAUGAAAAUAUUUAAUUAUUCAGCGUGGUAUAUCUCCUCGUGAGUAA